GAAUCCAGAACCAACAUGGCUCCCGUUCCCAUUGGUCAACACCAUGCAGUUCCGUCUUCACUGCCGUUCACACAUUAUUACAACAAGACGAUAAGCCGUAGCUCACGUCUGAGUUCUGUAAGCGUUAUUCACAGAGCAAACAGACAUCUGGAGUGACGUCUAUCAUGGACCGACCUGCCCAGUCACCACACCUCAAUCCUACUGAACUGCUCUGGGAUCAACUGGAUCACAAGGAAGGAAGACAUUUCCAACUAGUGAAGAAGAUCUUUGGUCGAAACAAUCAUGAACUGAAACAGGAACAGAAAAGCUGUGUAGAAGCUUCAAACUGGGUGAGGAACAGCCAAAACCUGUUACAAAGGUGAGGUUGAGAAAGACAGAGUUACCGGUCCCGGGUCAUGAGGGGUCAUGAGGGGUCAUGGCACCAUGGCAAGACUGAGAACAGCAACAAGACACAAGAACAACAAGCUGAUACAAGGUAUCUGAAGUGGUUAAAGAGAGCAAAGAUGAUGAAAAGGCGGGGGGGGUCCCUGGGAGAAGACGUAGAGUCCACAGUUGAUGUAAUGUACUGUAGGUGUGUUAUUCUGAGACAUCAUGCAGUCAUUAGGAUCCCCUGCUAUUGCUGUGCUGGUUUAUCUGCUGAUGCUUCCGUGUCAAGCCUUCAUCAUCAGAGAAGUUCUAGUGAAAGACUCUGUGACGUUCCCGUGUUCCUGCACUGGAAACUGUUCGGUGGUUCAGUGGAGUCGCUUCAUUCCCAGUUACACCAUUGUGGCUAAAUGGAAGUGUCUUGGAGGACAGAAUUUUCAGAAAAGAUUUGAAAUAUCAGGAGAUACCAGCAGAGGAGAUUUCUCCCUGAUGAUCAUCUCAGUAGCCUACAAUGAUGGCGGCUCCUACAGGUGCAGCUGUAAUGGAGAAACAGUUAGUGAAGUGAAGAUGAAGGUUCUGGUGGCGACAGUUGUAAAGGUUCAGAAGAAGCAGAAUGUCACCCUCCCGUGCUACGGAGACACUCGGAGACAAGAUGUUAAAGAUGUACAGUGGAAGAAGGAUGGAGGAAAGGUUGUGCUGUACACUCAUGCAAACAGAUCAGUGACUACUGAUGAAGCAGGAAGCAGAUUUAUGAUGUCAGUAGAAGACUUUCUGGAUGGUGAUCUCUCUCUCCACAUCAGUUCAGUUCACCUGUCUGAUGCAGGAGAAUAUCGGUGUCUCCUCCAUGAUGAAUCUCAGGAUGGAGAACCUUCAACUGUUGUCCUGGAGGUAGAAGGGCCACAACGUCCAAUAUUCACCUGCAGCCAUGAGGUUAUAGUGCUGCGUGUGCUACUGGGAUCCAUCAUCUCUGUCUGCUUCAUCAUCAGCCUGGUCUUCAUAUCAAAUUCAUACAGGAGUCAGAGGUGACGUUAUUGGUGUGUGUAUUUAUUGUCCUGAACUCAUCAUAUGAUGGUGUGUAUGUGCACUUCAUGUGAUCUUGUGCAUAUGUUGCACCAUGGUUCUAAAAUGACACGGCAUUCCAAUGUAUAGAACCAUACAGGGUAUAAAAAUAAAUCAUACAAAUAAAUUAAUAAAAUCCUAUUUGAUGUUU